GUGUGUGAUGCGUGUUGACAGGUCCAAAUGUAGGACUUCAGAUUGACAACAGCUCACUGGGGGGACAGAGCCUGUAGGUGGUGGUGAUGUCAAAGCGUGGAGGGCGGGGGAGAGGGGAGCGCCCUGAUGCCAUGGCGACUCUUCAAGCAGCUAAUGAGGAGCUGAGAGCCAAACUGACAGACAUCCAAAUAGAACUACAACAGGAAAAAAACAAGGUCAGUCGUCUAGAGAGAGAGAAGAGUCAGGAGGUGAAGGCCGAGCACCAUCGGGGCACAGUUGCCUUGACGGAGCUGAAGGCCAAACUUCAUGAGGAGAAGCAAAAGGAGCUGGCGGUUACCAGGGAGACGUUACUGCGGCAACACGAAAUGGAGCUAAUGAGAGUCAUCAAGAUUAAAGAUGGAGAAAUCCAGCGUCUGAAUGGACUGGUGCUAACGCUGAGGGACGGGUCCACAGACAAGGUGAGGAGCGCCCUGCUAGCAGAGGUGGAGGAAGCGAGGAGGAGCUGGGAGGUUGAGCGUUGUCGUCUCCAGCAGGAAGUUCAGGAGCUACGAGGAGCAAAGAGAAAUACUGAGGAGGCUCUAACGUCAGCUCAGCAGGCCUGCCAGGCCAGAGCAGCUGAACUCCGAUCAGCUCAUCACCAACAUCAGGAGGAGCUGCACAGGACCAAGAGAGACUGUGAGAGGGAGAUCCGCAGACUGAUGGAUGAGAUAAAGCUGAAGGACAGAGCUGUCAGUGUAUUGGAUAAAGCCCUGGGGCUACAGGCUGGACAUGCCCACCGUCUCCAGCUGCAGACUCAGGCUGCCGAGCAGCAAAUCGCAGCCCUGAGAGAUGCGCAGAGGGUGGGGCUAAACCACCCCGGUCACACCCCUUACCCUGCCCCUAACACAACUACUCCUCACAUCUCUCAGGAGGACCGGGACACUCGAAGGUUUCAGUUAAAAAUCGCUGAGCUCAGUGCUGUCAUCAGGAAACUGGAGGAUCGAAAUGCUCUUCUGUCUGAGGAACGCAAUGAACUGCUGAAGCGUCUGAGAGAAACAGAGAGUCAGUUUCUUCCUCUUCUGGAUAAAAACAAACGUCUGAGCAGGAAGAACGAGGAGCUGGCUCUCAAGCUGCGUCGCCUCGACAACAAGCUUCGCUUUGUCACCCAGGAGAACCUGGAGAUGGUAACUAUGAGGAGGCCGAGCUCUUUAAAUGACCUGGAUCGGACCAGUUACCAUGGCUACAGCCAGGAUGAGAGAGAGAUGGAGUUUCUACGGUUACAAGUAGUGGAGCAACAACAUAUCAUCGACGACCUGUCUAAGGCUCUGGAGACAGCUGGUUAUGUAAAAAACGUUAUUGAGAGAGACAUGUUACUGCGAUACAGACAUCAGGACUCACUGAGGAGGAAACGAACCUUCAGAGCCUGCAGGGUCAUUGAAACAUUUUAUGGUUAUGACGAAGAAGCCUCUUUGGAUUCUGAUGGAUCAUCCCUGUCCUUUCAUACUGACAGAACUCCAGAUACUGAACCAGAGGAGGUGUGUGUCCGUGAGGAGGCAGAGCUUCGUUACCGUCAGCUGACUCAGGAGUAUCAGGCACUGCAGCGAGCAUAUGCUCUGCUGACGGAGACGAGUGGAGGGAACUACGACCCUGAGAAGGAGAUCAAGACCAGAGAGCAGCUGCUGAAUGAAAUCCGUCGAUAUGAAACCAGAGUUGCAGAUCUGGAGUCAGCACUGAAACAACAAGGACUGGAUGUCAAGUGGGUGGAGGAGAAGCAAGCAUUAUAUCAGAGGAAUCAGGAGCUGGUGGAGAAGGUAAAGCAGAUGGAAGGUGAAGAGCUGCAGCUGAGAAACGACAUCCAGGACAUCAAAGAUCAGAACGAACUGCUUGAGUUUCGGAUCUUAGAGCUCGAGGAGAGGGAGCGACGGUCACCUGCCAUUAACUUCAAACAACUCUAUUUCCCAGAAGGCCUCAGUCCUCUGCAGGUCUACUGUGAGGCAGAGGGAGUCACUGAGAUUGUGAUCAGUGAGUUGAUGAAGAAGCUGGACAUUCUGGGAGAUAACGCCAAUCUAUCCAAUGAAGAGCAAGUGGUGGUGAUCCACGCCAGAACAGUGCUUACUCUGGCAGAGAAGUGGUUGGAGUCUAUCGAGGUGACCAAAUCAGCUCUGCAGCAGAAGAUGUUGGACAUUGAGAGUGAGAAGGAUCUGUUUAGUAAACAGAAAGGUUACCUGGAUGAGGAGCUGGACUACAGGAAGCAGUCGAUGGAUCAGGCUCAUAAGAGGAUCCUGGAACUGGAGGCCAUGUUAUUUGAGGCUCUGCAGCAAGGGGAGUCCAGGGUGGAGGAAUUAAAGCUAGAGGAAGGUCAUCUGUCUGAAACACUGACGGAGGAAGAGAGGGAGGGGCUUAGGAGAGCAAUGGACCAAUGGAAGCGAACAGUGAUGUUCGAGCUGAGAGAGAGAGACGCCCAGAUCCUUCGAGAGAGGAUGGAACUACUGCAGCUCACGCAACAGAGGAACAAGGAGCUGGAAGAAUGUAUAGAAGCACAGAGAAGACAGAUUAAAGAGCUGGAGGAGAAGUUUCUAUUUUUAUUUCUGUUCUUUUCCCUGGCCUUCAUCCUCUGGUCCUAACAGCAGCUGUCCUUGUUUUAGUGUAUGCAGGCCUCCAGAAGCUGAACACUCAGUCGUGUCAGCUCAGUUUGGAUCACAACAGUGUGACAGGAGGAUUCAGAAGAUCAAGGAUUUGGAACCAGCAGUUUAUUGGCACGCUGGCUUCACUGCCCCACCAACCUGUCUGUGGCUGCUAUCAGCCAAUCAGAGCAGAUUCCAGCUGUUGGAAUUACACUGUCACAUCUCAUUGAUGAAGACAAGGUUGGUUUCUAUGGCAGCAGAUACCAACUGGCAACAUGCUCACUAGCUUCCUGUUAGCUACUGUUAGCUCCACCUAAUAUGCCGCUGACAAACAGGAGACCCUUUGGACCAAAGUGGUGCUGGAUUUCGUACAGUUUUACCUCAGCUAGCUGGAUUUCUAUCAGUGUUAGCUUGGCUCACUGAUCUUAAGCAUUGCUAGUUAAAUUAGCGAAAUCCCUACAGUUAACUCAGCUCACCUUAUAGUGUUAAAAUGAGUCAGAUACAGUUUACUAACCUGUUUGUGGGUUAAUGAAGCUGUGGUUCAGUCAAGUGGUAGCUCUUUUACCUUGAUGAGUUUGCACUGUUGUGUCAAUGUAGAAACACAAUAGAAACCAUUAGAAACCAUACCACCUGUCCUCACAUAUGUUC